GAGACUGAUUUCCUUCUCUCGUCUGUCCAGCUUUCACUUUGUCUCGGUGUAAAACUGAUCAGGAGAACAACCAGAAACUUUUUCAGGAAGGAUUUUGGAGAAAUUUGUUUUAGUUUACAGAACUUUGUCAUUUUUGUGGUGAUUAGUUUGUGAAAUCGUCGUCUAGAGAGUCGGAGUGAAGAUUUGAUUGCUAAAAUUCUUGACAGCAGUGAAAAUGGAUUCAGCAUCAGCAGAAGAUCUUACUUGUCCUGUGUGUAAAGGAAACUUCAAGGAUCCUUUUGUUUUAACAUGUAAACACAGAUACUGUACAGAGUGUCUUCGAUCAUUAUGGAGAGACACAGAAACUAAGACGUGUCCUUUGUGCAGAAGACAAUCCUCACUUGAGCUUCCUCCAGAUAUGUGCAUUUUACACAAUGUGAAACUCCAGCUCUUCUGUGUGGAGGACCAACAGUAUGUGUGUUUAACAUGUGUUAACUCUGAAGAACACACCAAUCACACAUUCAGAUCCAUCAAAAGAGGCAUUUCAUCACUUAAGGAGACAAAGGAGAGAAGUUCAACUGAGUCAGAGACGAUCUGCAGUUUACAUAAUGAGAAACUCCAGCUCUUCUGUCAGGAGGAUGAACAGCCUGUGUGUGUAGAUUGUGUUUAUGCUGAAACACACACCAAUCACUCAUUUAAAUCCAUCAGUGAAGCUGUUUCAACAUAUAAGGAGAAGCUCAAAACAGAAAUGAAGACAUUAGAAGAGGAUCGUAAACACAAAGAAAACCUUAAAGGAGAAUUUGAGGAAUCAGCUAAACACAUCAAGGUUAAGGUCGACCACACAGAGAAACAGAUUGAACAUCAGUUUGAGGCGCUUCGCCAGAAACUCGAAGAGGAAAAACAAGCAGUGAUCGCUGCACUGAGGGAGGAAGAGGAGAAGAUGAUGAAGAAGACAGUGGAGGAGAUCGACAGUCAGAUCUCAACUCUUACAGAUGCAAUCAAAGACACAGAGGAGAUGCUGAAAGUCAGUGAUGACUGCUUACUAAAGGAGGCUGAUGUCUUAAGGAAAAGAGUCCAGAUCUCACAGCUGGAUCCAGAACUGCCAUCUGCAGCUUCAAUAAAUGUGUCACAGUACAUGUGGAACCUGAUGUCCAACAUCAAGAAAAAGAUGGAGGAGACGAUAAAUAACAUUUUCCAGUACACUCCUGUGCUUUUGGAUCCAAAAACAGCUCAUUCGGAUCUCGUAGUGUCUGAAGAUCUGACCAGUGUGAAGAGAGAGAAGAGUCCUGAUGAUAAAAAGAAACCCUACCAUCCGUAUGUUCUGGGUUCAGAGGGUUAUACCUCAGGAAAACACAGCUGGGAUGUGGAGGUGAAAGACAGUAAAUUCUGGACUAUUGGAGUAAUGGCAGAAUCAAACCACAAAAAGGGAGGUGAUAUCUUUACGUCUGACAACUGGAGUGUUCACUAUGAUAGCUAUAGUAUGAGCACAUGGGCUGGAUUUUCUGUUUGUCAACAUCUUGAGUGUGUGAGAGUUGAACUGGACUAUGAUAAUGGAACAGUGUCUUUCUCUGACCCUGUAAAAAACACACUUCUACACACAUUCACAACCACCUUCACUGAAACUGUCUUUCCUUUCUUCCAUACUCUCGACUCUCUGAAGAUCUUGAGAUCGAGUGAUGAGUAAAUGUAGGUCUGAAUGUUUAAGUUUUCAUGUUUCCAUUACUUAAUCCACAAGACAUGAGUUAGGCUGACACUGACGUUCACAUACCGUUAUUAAACAACAGAUCAGUGAUAUUAAUUUAUAUUAGUUGAUUUUACAUUCUGUAAGUCCUGAUGGCGCUUGCAUUCAAAGGGCCACGAAACCCCCGUUUCAGCAGGGUUUUUUCACCACUAGUUUGGAAAAAGUCAGGAAAGUGGGCGUGUCCAGCUCGGUUAAGGGGGGAGUGUCGGAGGAGGGAAAGAGGGAAGGUGCAUAGAAAUUUGCAUAAAACUGGGAGUUUCAGUUUGGGCAGGCGCUGAUUCUCACAGAGGCAAAACAAACACACAGACGCAGAGGAGAAAGACAGUGACUGCGUUUACAUGGUCAUCAGUAAUCAAAUUAUUUGCCAAAUUAUUAAAUGGUUGACUUUAACUGCAGUUUGGCUCUUUUAUUCAGGAAUUUCAUUUAUACCCCUCAUGAAAAACGAGAUAUUUGAUUCGAGGAGCUGCUGGAAGCGUGUAUUUUAAAUGCAGUGUUUGAUACUCCAUGGCAAAUGAGAGAAAAAACCCUUCGCAUUUCUCAGUAACUUAGAUGCACUCGGCAGGUAGUGUCAGAAAGCCGUGUGUGUUAUUCCUGUCACAAAAUGUGGCGAAAAUCCUACACGACGGUAACUUUGAUUGCAGUGUUUAUAUGUUUACAUUGGAGAGCAGCACACACACUUACCAAAUCUGUAGAGACUGGACAAUCAACACCAACUGGAGCCGCGUCUUUAUUAAAAAGAGACAAGCGGCAAAUCCGGAUUUCACCGUUUCCAGAUGAGAAAAGCUCUCGGGUAAACAAUGUUCCUUAGACACGUAUUUUUGUUGCGUGUGACGUGCACUGAUCCACACAUGAGUCCAGCUGCGCUCUCAAAGAGGGAAAAUGAAAACAAAACCUUCACGGCAGCAAACUAUAAAAGCAACAUUGACGACUCGUAUCUCCAAACAAUUCUUCUUCUCCCACUUGUUUUGGCAACACAACAUGGCGUCUCUCUGCCGUCUGAACACUGUACAGGUACAAACAGUCUUCGAAGCUAUCAUGCAUAUUAAUGAAGUUGCACCGCAUCCACAACAGAGCGCUUAUUGGUUUGAGCCAAGUCUUACUCAUGAAUGACUCCAGCACACUCAGAGACGUAAUACGGUACUCCCAGGUACAGACGUCCAGUCUACACGCAAGUAUCUAAUGGCCGUGACGCAGCUUCAAAAAUUCGUUUCAAACCGGAAGAACGAAUUAGCCUGAAAUAUCACAAAAACAAACAAUUUUCACUUUUUUUUUGUGUAAUAUAUGUGUCCUAAUAGUGUUUUUAGCAGUAUGGGACACAUAUACAACUGUCAACAGCUAAAAACAUGUGUUUUGGUGUUUUAUGACCCUUUAAAACAUCCUUUUAUCUCGUUUUACAUGUGAACAACUAAAUAAAUUUGAAAUUAAACAUUUUCUCUGCACAGGGCUCAACAGUGCGACCAUUUCGCUCGCAUUUGCAGCUAAAAAUAGAUGUGUGCGAACUGGGAUCGUAAAACAACAUGCUCUUCUGUGUGUGAAUGUACAAAGAAAUCACUCAAACCAGUUAUAUUAUUGUUAAUGGCUCAAAGCCAGUAUGAGUGUAGUUUAUCAGUCAGGAAAAUCAACCAAAGUCAACAUAUAUUGUUUAAAUUUUAGUAUUGUUUUUUGUUUAUAAUUCUUUUAUCAUAUUUCCUUGAUUUUGGAGGGAAACGCAGUAUUGAUGUUUCAUGUGAUUUCCGUGGUUUUAAUUAUUUUACUGCAGGGGCGGACGACCUUUAUAAACCACUGAAUCAAUGAAUUUUGUUGUGGGAUUAUUGAUCAAGCCUCAGAACUGAAUUAUUUUUUUUUACUCUUCUGGUCUUCUUUUAAAUGCCAGUGUCAUUUAUGUCUAUUUUAUUUAUUUUUUAUUAAAGAUUUAAUUUUUUGGCCAUUUUGCCUUUAUUAGAUAGGACAGUAUUUAGGACAGGAGGCGAAGUUGGAGAGAGAGAGGGGGGUAGGGUAGGGAAAUGUCCUCGAGCCGGGAUUCGAACUCGCAACGCCCUGACGUGCUACUGCACCAUAUGUCGACGCGCUAACCACUAGGCUAUUGCACCGACUAUUUCUUGUUUUUUUGCAGAAAUUUUGUACAGCACAUUGGUUGACUACUGUUAUUUUAUUGUUUGUUUUUUAUUAAUAAAUGUUGUGUCUGCAGCUUCUGUUGAAAAUAAUUCCCAAUAAUAUCAAAGAUGAGCCACUGCGCACACACUCUUUGGGGACUUUAUUAGGUAUACCUUACUAGUACAGGGUUGGACCCCUUUUUGCCUUCAGAACUGCCUUAAUCCAUCAUGGCAUAGAUUCAACAAUGUACUGGAAAUACUCCUCCGAGAUUUUGCUCCAUAUUGACAUGAUAGCAUCACACAGUUGCUGCAGAUUUGUCGGCUGCACAUCCAUGAUGCAAAUCUCCCGUUCCACCACAUCCCCAAGGUGCUCUAUUAAGUUGAGAUCUGGUGAUUGUGGAGGCCAUUUGAGUACAGUGAACUCAUUGUCAUGUUCAAGAAACCAGUCUGACUAGGCUGUGGUGUUGACACACUGCUCAAUUGGUACUAUUGGGCCCAAAGUGUGCCAAGAAAAUAUCCCCCAUACCAUUACACCACCACCAGCCUGAACAGUUGAUACAAGGCAGGAUGGAUCCAUGCUUUCAUGUUGUUGAUGCCAAAUUCUGACCCAUCCAUCCGAAUGUCGCAGCAGAAAUUGAGACUCAUCAGACCAGGCAACGUGUUUCGAAUCUUGUCCAGCUGUGUGAAUUGUAGCCUCAGUUUCCUCAGGUCUUCUGCUGCUGUAGACCAUCCACCUCAAGGAUGGAUGUGUUGUGUGUACAGAGAUGCUCUUCUGCAGACCUCGGUAGUAACGAGUGCUUAUUAGAGUUAUUGUUGGAACCAGUCUGGCCAUUCUUUUCUGACAUCAACAAGGCAUUUGCGCCCACAGAACUGCCGCUCACUGGAUAUUUUCUCUUUUUCAGAUCAUUCUCUGUAAACCCUAGAGAUGGUUGUGGGUGAAAAUCCUAGUAGAUCAGCAGUUUCUGAAAUACUCAGACCAGCCCGUCUGGCACCAUCAACCAUGCCACAUUCAAAGUCUCUUGAAUCCCCUUUCUUCCCCUUUCUGAUGCUCGGUUUGAACUCCAGCAGAUCGUCUUGACCAUUGGCUGUUUCUCAAUAUGCGUUGUACAGCGGUCUUGCGUCCUCGUGUUCUCGUGUAAAACCCAAAGUUCAGUUCCAAAAUUCAAGACUGUAAGAACAGAGGAGGCAUAAAAGUUCCUGGAUGUGUUCUUGAUAUCGAGGACGCACCGAUGCAGACUUGAGCACCGAACUCACUCUAGAAGUCCCAGAAGUCAUUGCGACUAAUUGUGGGAAGUGCAGCAUUUUAUAUAGGUGCAUUAUUAAAGUUCAGAGAUAUCACUUAUUUACCUCAGGAGCUUCCCCAAAAUGAAACUGUGACUACAAACAUCACCAUGAACAUCUUAAUAAAGGAAUAAACACAUUAAGGGUGUUUAUUUGCUGAAAUUCGUAUUAAAAUCUGUUUUAUUUAUAUUGUUCAACAUAUAUUUGUAAAGUUAUUCUGCAGAGUAUAUAUUGUGAAAAGGGAAAAAACAAUAAAUUGCUGUAUGAAUGCUGUGAUGUUUAAACAAUUUUCCAUUAAAAAAGCGUGAAGGUCAUGUCACCAUCAGAAAGAACCGGGGAUGACCGCAACGUCAUAUUUCUCACAGGAUACAUUCUCUCUUCUUGUGGUCUCCUGAGCUCGUUCUUCCGAGGACACCAGCAAGACUGGCCUUCACAAGAAUGCAAGUCCGUUCUCUGUGUUCUUGGAAUUGAGAAACAGCCACUGUCUCCAUGCCUAAAUGCAUUGAGUUGCUGCCAUGUGAUUGGCUGAUUAGAAAUUUGCUUUAAUGAGCAGUUGGACAUGUGUACCUAAUAAAGUGGCCAGUGAGUGUAUAUGUUCAACUUUAUUAUAAUUCUUUUAAAACAAAUUAGCACAGUGGCCAACAGAGAGCUUAAUGCACUACAAUUUAAGAAAACAUAUGCAAUUACAAGCAAAUUAAGAAAGGACCUUCAUCUGUUUGACAACAUACUUGUUGCAAAAAAAACACAAAAACAUUAAGAAAAUGCUGCAAAUUCUCACAACGGAAAUGUUUCAAGGGGACCCAAAAACAUGACGGAUAUGGCUGGGAUUUGUUUAUUGUUGUUUGUUUUUGGACAUUG